AUGGCAGAGCAAAUGAAUGCCUGGCAACUUGACACCCCGGGCAAUAUUCAGGAAACACUCAAGCUAAACCAGAGCGCUGCCAGGCCGACUGCUAAGGACCUCAAGGGGCAAGAGAUUCUAGUUCAGGUCAGCAGUGCCUCCAUUAACCCUGCCGACUAUAAGGGCAUGCAACUGGGCUUUAUCGUUCGGACUGUGAUCUCAUUCCCCAAGACUCUCGGCAUGGACCUUAGUGGAAAAGUGCUAGCCGUCGGCCCUGCUGUGACGGAUAUUCUUGUUGGCGACCACGUCCUGGGGCGUCUCAACCCGCUCAAGGCGUCAGGCGCCCUGGCUGAAUACGCUAUUCUUGAGCGCGAUGGCUAUGCUAAGAUCAACCGUGACGUUGACUUGGAUCAGGCCGCCGGGGCUGGCACUGCAGCACUAACCGCCUAUCAGUGCAUCAAGCCAUUCGUCAAGGCUGGUGAUAAGAUCUUUAUCAACGGCGGCUCUGGCGGCACUGGCACAUUUGGCAUUCAGAUUGCCAAGAUUCUCGGUUGCCAUGUUACGGUAACAUGCUCUACAGCCAAAGCUGCGCUAUGCAAGGAGCUCGGCGCCGACGAAAUCAUCGACUACAAGACGACGGAUAUACUCAGCGCGCUGCAGAAGGCGGGCCCGAUUUAUAGCGUCUUUAUAGACAAUGUCGGUGCUGUUAGCAAACUAUUUCCCAAGUCUUCCUCUUUUCUACUACCUACGGCGCCAUUCCUAUCUGUCAGCAGCGGCGGCUCGCUUGGUCAUGUGGUUGAGGUUUUCAGCGCCUAUCUCAGACCAUCUUUCUUGGGGGGCGGCAAGAACAGAUUCAUGCGUUACUGGGCCCAGAACAGCCGCAACGAUUUUCAACAACUUGCUGAGUGGUACAAUAAGAAAAGCCUUAUAUCAGUCAUUGAUUCUACAUACGAGCUUGGCGAUGUACUAGCUGCAUUUGAACAGCUUAAACGGGGGUCCUCUAUAGGUAAAAUUAUUAUCCAUAUUACUCCGAGACUUUAG